UUCUAUUGUGAAUUAAUGUUUUUUCUUUUUACAUAAUAUUCUAAUAAACGUUUUUAAUUAAAAAAAAUCAAUUAAAAUGUUAAAUUUAAUUAAUUUUUGUUUUUGUAUUUAAGAACGAUUGUAGUAAUGAACUGUAUGAUUUAUCAUCAUCUAUGUCAAAUAUUGAUCAAUUAUGUACAUUAUCUCAUGGAAAUAUAUUUUUUAUUCAACAUCUUUGUGAUUUAUUUGAACAACGAGAAUUUCCAUCAAAUAUUGAUCUUCCUCGAACAUUAAAUGAAAUAUUUUAUUAUCGUUUUUUAAAUAAUAAAAUUCAAGAACAUAUUGAAGUUUGUCGUGCCAUUCUUGAAAUAUGUUUAGCAACAAGACGAUCAAUUAAUUUAAAUGUUUUAUAUAAUUGUCUUAAUAUUGAUGAAGAAUUACAUAUUGAAUGGUCAAUAUUUUUACAAGUAUAUUGUAUUUUUAUUAUUAUUUCAUUUUAA